UAUUGAAGUUCGGUUUUUGUGUUGCUUUGGAAAAGCAUUGCCGAAGUAGAAACAUUUCAAAGCCAAUUAACAGCAGGUGUUGGCCAACUGUCAAUCAAAAGCCACAAAAGGGUUUCCAACAUACCACCCGUGCCACUAAACAUCCCCAACUACUUGCACUAAAAAAUAUCGAUAGCUUCAAAAAUAUUCCAAUUUAUUCAGAAAAAAAAUGCAACAGAGAUGCUUCCACUUAGAACUUAUUUUGCAUGUUUCCGGGCUAACUUUCCUUAGAUAAUUUUAAAAUUGAUCUAGAUUACCUUGUUGUUAGUUUUCAAUAGAUUGACACGCCCCAAAGACUAUGUAAAGAUUUGUGAUAGGUGAGACAAUGUAGAUUGAAGUGUUUAGACAUAUUAUUUGGGUUCACCGGUURCUCGUAUUGUGAUUGGCUGGCCMCUCUAAUUGGUCCCACCACGUAUUAUUAAGAAGUGACUAAGGUUCAUGAUAUUUCUAAGGAGAAUUAAUGCGUUACAGAGUGUGCUGCUAGUCUUUUGCGUAUAUUAUAAAGCUAAAUGGUAUACAGUCGGCGCCUAGAUCAUCUGGUUAUACUCGAUUGUUUUAAAAAUCAACAUCUUGAAGCAAAAAAUCAUCCCCGGGCUUAAAAAGCGCGUCGCCUAUUGAAUCACAUGUCUGAUCAAAAACGUAAGUCUCAAUAACAUGUUGUGACAAGAGCCUAUGGAAAUCUUGAAUGAUGAUUGACAGAUCAGUGGGGCAAGAGCCACGAGACAAGCUUGACAAUCCGUUACGGGUUGUGUUGACGGGAAUACACAUCUUUCUUCUGCAACUUGACGUGUUGUAAGUUUAGAAAGCUAUCCAACUGAGUUAGCCCUAAACUGACUGUCAAAUCUCAAGAUUAAGCAUCGAAUGUAAUUUUUAGAUAACGACCGUGGAAUAAACCCAUAUACGGUCGUGGCCGUCUUCUCGGCCAAUGUUUAUGGCCAUACAACGGCCGCCAUAUGAUGAAGUGGGAGCCUUUACGAUGGACGGCGCCUCAUCAAUGUAUGGAASCAUGCAGCAGCAUAUAAACCACGCGAGCGUAAGCACUUCAUACCAUCAUCCUGCCUCUGCUGCGACGUCUGUGAUGAGUACUGUUUCUGAUAUUCAUAAGAGAGAUAAGGAAGUUUUGUAUGGCCAUCCCUUGUUUCCAUUACUCGCUUUAAUCUUUGAGAAAUGUGAGCUUGCGACGUGCACGCCGAGAGAACCCGGUGCCAUCGGUGGGGACGUUUGCUCCUCUGCCUCCUUCAAUGAAGACAUUCAAGCUUUUGCUAAACAGUUCAAAAGCGAUAAAGCAAUCUUUUCAUCCAACCAUGAAGUUGAUAGUUUGAUGAUACAAGCUAUACAAGUUCUUCGAUUUCAUUUACUGGAGUUAGAGAAGGUGCACGAGUUGUGUGACAAUUUUUGUAAGCGCUACAUAAGUUGCCUCAAGGGGAAAAUGCCCAUAGACCUUGUCAUGGACGAAAAAGAAAACGGAGGAAAAAGUAAAAGCGAUGGCGAGCUUGGCCCCGACUCACCACCCGACGAUUCUCAGUUGACCGGUACUCCAUCGUGGCAGACGUCUCUAGGUUUGGAUAAUGAGAACUCGGGUCAAAAUUCUCAGCCUUCGUCACAAACCCCCUCAGAUCCAGGGGCUGAUUGUCCGGUGACUCCGGAAGGACAGUCCCUUAACGCUUCCAUCGGUUCCGACGAUGGAGGAAGCGAAACAGCCGACGAUGAUCACUCAAAGAAAAGCCAAAAAAAGAGAGGCAUUUUUCCAAAAGCAGCUACGAAUAUAAUGAAAGCAUGGCUAUUCCAACACCUCACGCAUCCUUACCCGUCAGAAGAACAAAAGCGAUCUUUAGCACAAGAAACUGGAUUGACAAUUCUUCAAGUCAACAAUUGGUUUAUAAAUGCACGACGGAGGAUUGUCCAACCUAUGAUAGAUGCAUCGAACAGAGCAGGAAAAUCACCCGUUGUAACUGUAUUUAAAUCUAGACGGCGGAAAAAUUCCCUUGGACAAGGUAUUCCUUCUCCUGGUCCUCCUCGAUACGGUCCUGCACCAGGCCAUCCACCACCAGGCUACUAUCCCGAACAGCAUCACCCUCAAGCGCACCCAAACUACCACUUAGAUGGAAGCCCUCAAGGACAUUUCCCRCCACGAGGUUAUAUGUCRGAUUCUGUGUCCAGUGGCGUCGGAACGAUGCAAAUGCCAACAACUGUAGCACACACUAUGCACGCUCAGUUACCAUCGCAUGCUUAUAGACAAGCAAUGCAACCUUCUGUCCAACAACCUAUGUACAUCCCAGGACAUCCUCACGCUAUGAUGAUGCCUCCACCUGGUCAUCCGCAUGCGCAUGCGCAUCAUCCAGGACACGGAGGCCCUCAGCUUAUAUCGUCGAGUCAGACAUCGCCGUCAAUCAUAGUCAGCGAAGGAGUGAUGACUCAAUCGGUUAUGGAUAUGCACUCUAGCUAAAAUGUCUGUCUGUCCUUGGUUGUUGUUUUAUUGGCUGGAGGUUGAACGUCGAAACCCUAGUAAUGUGAACCAUCGCGCUGGGCGUAGGGAUACAGAGCUGCAGGGACCGUGGAAAAAGUGGACUGCAACCAAGAUUCACGCAAAAGUCAUUUCAUCAGCGAGAUGUGAACAUGAGCAACUCAUGGCUUUGAGAGGACCAUAUCCGACAAAAUACACAAAUCAAACGAAAUCUAAAGAGAAUGUUGUCCAAGAUUCACCAGAAUGAGUUUAUACAGUUUAGUAUCAUUUUUAUCAAAAAUUAUGAAUCAUUGAAAGAUAUGGAAUUAAUAUUGUUCCAAAUUUUAAUCGGUUUGGUUUUAGGUUGCGCUAAAUGACAUUAUAGACUUCUUAGGAAUAUUUUUUGGCGGUUGGAUAUAGAAAUACCUUUGUUGAAUGACCAGAUUAAGCGCCUCAAUGCACUACUCGCUAAUCCUUAGUAUGUAGAGUUAAAGUUAAGAUUUCGUGAUUAAUGUCUUGAAUAUAUCCUUCUUCGAGGAAAAAUAUCAAACAAUAUUAUAAAGUAGCGUAAAUUAGCAAGUUCUAUUUUAAAUAUAGUGAGUCUCAAAGAAUAGUUAUAUAAGAUUUUUAGUAUGUUUGUCCUAGAAGGUAAAACUUUCGGGAUUAUUUGAGCUAUUUUUAGUAUUUUUCUUUGAUCGAAACUGAACAACACGUAAUUGAGUGGUUUUGUUAGUAGAUAUCAAUUCCUUUGAAAAAGGAAAUUUAUGGUUUUAACUUUUAUAUGUUCGUCUUGUGGUUACACUUAAGCCAAAAAUAUAUCACAGUCCCUGCGCAAUUCUACAUUUUUAGAGUUUCUAGAAUGCGAAAUAGUUUUGCUUAGUGUAAGCGAAAAUUGCAGCAAACUUUUCAUCCUUGGGCACUUUGGUUAUCAGAAUUUAUACAUAUAUUUUUAUCAUGGCAGUUCGUUCCGUAAAAGUUGAUCAAAAAAGAAUAAUAUAAACGAAUCAAAAGAAAGAGUAAUUUAAUGAAAACAUAAUUAAUACAACACAAAUACGAUACGAAACAUUUUGCUACCUACUUUUUCAUACUAUAAUUUUUUUUUAGUUUUCUUAGUAUUUUUCUCUAAGAGUAUACCAUAUGGGAGAUAUUAUAACCAAUCAAUCAAAGUGUCUAAGGGCUGAGGAAGCGCGCCGAUAGUUUAGAAAGAAAUGUCAAAAUGAUGUAUCAUAUUCCAGUCAUACAGUUGCCAGUAUUUUGUUUAUAUAUAAAUAUAUAUAUAUAAACCUAUAUAUGAAUGUCACUCUAUUUUGUAAAUGCAGAUUUAGAGCUAGUCUUCUAAACUGAAUAUGGAGUAUAUAAAUAUAUGAUUUACUGAAAAACGAGA